UCAACACAACAGUGAAGCUAGCUGGCUACUACAGUUGACUGAAUCUGUGAAUGCAACGACUUAACUGAACAAAUAAUCAGGAAAUUGGUUCCUUUGAGAAGAGCACUUCGAAGAUAAGUUGAAAAUGGCAACAGACCAUUAGCUAUUUUGAACAUCGGAUGCUGUUAUUGUGGUCACUCGUUACGGUCACGACCGUAGCUAACGAUAGCUAUCUUGCGGCUCUCUGUAUUGACAAGUAGUUAACGUAGCUAGCUUGCUUGGUGUCAACUAUUACUCGCUGUCACCAAGAGUCGGUAGCUAUCUAGUUAGAGUCUUAUUGAAACCUCCACUAUAGACGUUGAAACGUUAACUAUCUGAUAACGUUAAGCCAUCUGAUUUGUGGCGUCUCUUUUAUAACCCACCUGCUGCUAACGACGUCCAGCUAGUUGUUACUAGCUACCUACUAAGUUAUCCAGUAACAAUAGUGUUUAGCUAGCUAACUUAGGUAGCUAUACUUUUUUAUUUUUGGUAACGUGGCUUCAGAGUAGCUACCAUUGCUACAUUGAUCAAUCUGUUCUGACACAAAUUUCCUCUGGACAUUGGGAUUCUGGGGCUAGCAGAACAGUAUUUAAAGAGCAUGUCUACCUCCAACUUCAAAAACAAAUGUGUCACUCAAGUAAAUUGUAUAUACUGUGAGAGUCUACUCUGCACAAGAGGAAUGAAGGCAGUACUUCUUGCAGACACAGAAAUUGAGCUGUUUUCUACGGACAUACCGCCCAACAGAACUGUUGACUUUGUGGCCAGCUGCUACUCUACAGAAAGCUGCAAAUGCAAACUGAGAGAUAUCGCCUGCCUGAAAUGUGGUAAUGUUGUGGGGUAUCACGUGGUAGCUCCCUGUAAGCCCUGCUUGCUGUCCUGUAACAAUGGCCAUUUCUGGAUGUUUAACAGUAAUGCUGUGUCCACCCUCAACAGACUGGAUGCUACAGGUUUAAACCUGUUGCUGUGGGGAGACCUUCCCGAGCUAGAGGACAGCGAGAACGAGGAAUCAGAAAGCCCAUCAGAGGAGGAGUGCAUUAGGUAGAGAAGGAUGAGAGAUGGAGGAGCAAGACGUUACCCUGUGACCUACCAGAGCCCCCAGGAACAGACAAAGAAGCAGUGAGAGAAAGAGGAGAGGGGGCUUACCCUGUGACCAUAUCCCCCUUCCCAACAUCUGUCCGUUAGAAGCACACAACCCUCUCACGGUCCGAUCUCGCUCUCUCUCGCUCUCUCUCUUCUUCUCUCUUCUCUCUCUCCCUCUUUGGGUGAAAUCAAUGGUAGAACUGGACUGUUGGAACUGCCCUCUCUCAUCAAACUCACAACUGAACACCCACUCAAACAUACUAAUCUUUCAAAUUCACUGAUGGACGGAUGGAUGGUCUUAACAUUUCACACGGCUGUUUUAUUCCCAUACCCUUGCCUAUUGCCAUUGGACACUGGAUUUAACAUUGUAUGCUAUAUUUUAGAUUUUUGUCAGUCCUGUGUUUUGUCCUUGAACAAUCAAUCACAAUGAUGUUGUGUUUAGGUUUCAGAAUCUGACAUUGUUUACAUUGAGUAUUUGCCAGUUUCUUGUCACUCUUUCAUGAGUAGGGCCAGUGUCAUCAACAGAUGGUACUAGGACAUACAGUAUAGGUACUAGUUUGGUUCUAGGGCUCCUCUGUGAUGGGACUGAGGAUACUCUAAGAAAAUAGAUUAAGCUUAGUUAUGCACGUCAUCCAAACCUGGCAAUGGAGCUGGACAGAAAAUACAUGAUCAUGAAAAGAAAGUUGAUGUCCACUCACUACAUUGUUGACAUAGUAACAAUAAUGCAGCAAAAACAGUAGAAAGUUGAUAUCCUAAGCCUGUAUGAUUGAACGCUGAAUGGUUGUGUGCUUGUCAGAGCACUAAAUGAGCACAUACACUACCGGUCAAAAGUUUUAGAACACCUAUUCAUUCAAGGGUUUUACAUUGUAGAAUAAUA